AAGUGGACAAUUAAUAAAUUUGUCAGAUGCCGCCGUUACCAGUGCCACCCCUCCCGUACCGUAACGAAAAAGAAAAGAACCAUCGGACGGUAGAAAGACGGGUCAAUAUUCGCUGAUCAACCUAAAAUAAUAAAUCAACGGAUGAGAUUUUGUGGCGUCCCGUUGAUGCUUUGACUCCCUUAAGUUACUGACACGUGGAAGUGGGACCCACGAGCCCCAGGCCUUUUGGGGGGAGGCGUGGCCUGUGUUGGGCACUUUACCAUUUGCAAAGGUAAAAUAUAAGCGAAGCACAAUCGCCACGCCAUGGCCUUCUUCUGAGCACAGAAAGAGAGAGCGACCGAACGAAUGAACGAACGAACGAGAGCCAUAGCCGUGAAAAGUGAAGCGUUCAUGAUUUGAAUGAUAGAGAGAGAGAGAGAGGUAGAGAAGUUCAAUCGAGAGUCUAGAGAGAGAAGUAGAAUCUUCGGCGGAUGCAUGCCUAUCGCGUUUUUGGGCGCAAAUUCAUCCGUUUCAUAUACUCUAACUUCUUAGCUGCCAAACUUGUUUUUCAGGUCCGAACUACGCUGAAUUAGGCGUUUCGGAUUCGGAAUUCGGGUGGGUUUGGUUUCAAUUUUGGUGAGAUUGGGAUUUUGGCGAGGCUCAUUCGGUGAUCUGGGUCUGUGAGGGCGAGAGACAUGGAGGAGGCUUGGUUGUGUCAGUGGAGCACGAUUAGAUCUCUCGUCGCUAUUCUUCAAUGGUGGGGUUUCAAUGUUACCGUCAUUAUCAUGAACAAGUGGAUCUUUCAGAAAUUGGAUUUUAAAUUUCCUCUUACGGUUUCCUGUAUUCACUUCAUCUGCUCUGCCAUUGGGGCAUAUAUGGUGAUUAAAGUGUUGAAGCUUAAACCGUUAAUAUCUGUUGACCCUGAAGAUCGGUGGAGAAGGAUAUUCCCCAUGUCGUUUGUGUUCUGUAUUAACAUAGUUUUGGGGAAUGUAAGUUUGCGUUAUAUUCCGGUUUCCUUUAUGCAGACGAUAAAGUCGUUCACUCCUGCGACCACAGUUGUUUUACAGUGGCUUGUGUGGAGAAAGUACUUUGACUGGAGAAUAUGGACAUCUUUGAUCCCCAUUGUUGGAGGAAUUCUUCUUACAUCUGUUACUGAGAUGAGCUUUAACAUGCUUGGGUUUUGUGCUGCCUUAUUUGGUUGUUUGGCCACCUCCACAAAGACCAUCCUUGCGGAGUCCUUGUUGCAUGGAUACAAGUUCGACAGCAUAAAUACAGUGUAUUACAUGGCACCUUUUGCGACCAUGAUCUUGGCAGUGCCUGCAAUGCUCCUUGAAGGUAAUGGGGUUUUUGAUUGGCUUCAUACACACCAGUCUAUAUGCUCGUCCCUCAUCAUCAUUUUCAGCUCUGGGGUGAUGGCUUUCUGUCUUAACUUCUCCAUAUUUUAUGUGAUUCAUUCCACAACUGCUGUGACGUUCAAUGUUGCUGGAAACCUUAAGGUAGCUGUUGCCGUGCUUGUUUCGUGGUUGAUAUUUCGAAACCCCAUUUCAAUGCUAAAUGCAGUUGGAUGUGGAAUUACACUUUUGGGUUGUACAUUCUAUGGCUAUGUCAGACAUCUUAUCUCACAGCAGCCACCGGGAACCCCUCGAACACCUAGAACACCUCGUACCCCUCGGAGUCGGAUGGAGCUGCUCCCCCUUGUAAAUGACAAAUUAGAUGAUAAAGUCUAAUCACUUACAGCAUCGUUGAGGUUCUUGGUAAUUGGCACACCGGUAGUAGAAAAAGGAGUACAAAAGAAUACAAGAGCAGAAUACUGGGGGCUUGUUCGUUCUGUCCACUUGCUUUAGGCAGCUUCAAUUUUCUCUUCUUUUUCUCUCUUCCAUAAUGUUAUCUUUUAUCUCCGCGCCACAUAUUUUGUUAUUGUAGCUUUUAGCAUAUCAUGAGCGACUGAUAUUAUUAUUAUUAUUAGAGUUCAAAUUAUUUUUGUUCUUAA